AUGUCCGAACAGCGCCUCGUCUUCCACCCAAGACACUCCCUAGCCUUCACCACAGAUUUCAUUUGCAACGCAGUCAAGAUCGACGAUGCAGGCGAAGCCCUCGAAGCCGUCUGCCGCAUCCUCAGCUGCGAGGCCAAGGUUCACGCGAGCCGUGACACGAGCUCGCAAACCCUCGACCAGGCGACGUACCUCGUCGGCUGGCACGACGCGAUCCACUCUCUCCGAAACUUCAUCCUCGCCCGGAGAGACCUCCACAUGGACAAGAACACGCACAUCCACGGCGUUCCCAUGUGCAUGUCGUUCCCGCUCACGGCAACUAUUCCGGAGGCCGCGUUUCUGGUCGCCAGCCGGGGCACCGCGUCGGUCUUCAACAUCCCCGAAGUCCCGCUCUUUUCCCCCAGCGGAGCCGAGAAGCAGGCUGAUGACGGCUUCAUUGUCGUGAGCUCCUCGUCCGCCACCCCCUUCAACACGCCCACGACAAGCUCUUUCCUCCAGAACUCCUCAUCUGCGCCCACCGCCCGAGACUCCCAACUCCAAACCUCUAGCAUCCUCGCUGGCAUAGACACCAAGACUAUCCUCCUGAACUACGAGCGGGAGGCCCGCGAGUCGGAGCAAAGAAUCGCCACUGAGAUGGCGAAGAUGAGCCUGAUGCGCCAGGCCAUCUUCAAGGACCGCUUCUUCGGCGAGGUGCCCUCACUCCUAGACAACGGCGGCUUUGUCAACAAGCAGCAGCAGGACCGCGCCGUUGACGCCGUCAAUCAGAUCUUCCGCAGCUGGAGAGCUGGCCAGGCCCCUCCGACAACCCGACCUUCUCACGCGCUGCCAGCCGUCAGAAAUCUCGAUCUCUUUGGAGGAGCAUUGCGCAAUCUGCAGAGCAACAGACCGGCAGUGCCUCAGUCGCCCGGCAAUGCGGGAACAUGUGGGGGCCCUUCCUUUUUGAGUUCGUCUCAGUCCAACAAUACCAGCCAAGCUGGCCCUCGGAGUCAGCCAUCCCUCUUCAACUACGCCUCGAUGCAGUCCACCCCUUCGAGAAGCCAGCCCAACCCAACAGCGGCUGCCCCGCUCCUAGACAGGCAGCUCGACCAGCUUCUGCAGGAUCGGAAUGACACACACGACCUGAAGGAGCUGUGGCAGUCGUACCAGCCAGGCCCCUCCUUCAUCGAGCGUAACGGGGUCCUCCUCCCUCCCCCUGACGCAACGCCCUCUGCUGGAUCUUCCAAGUCCGUCGGAUCCUCAGGCCCGCCCCAGACCUUUGGGAGGCGCCUGGGGUCCUGCGCUAUAUCUAAUGGUGGCCAGCGUCAGCCCCGCCGUGAAGCGCGCAGCAGCAUAUUCCACAUAGUCGGCUCUCCCACGCCCUCGACUAUUCCCACCUCAGCCCAGAGUACGCUUUCCCAUGCACCUCGCCAGCAGCCAGCUUCCUCCGCUUCUUCCACGGCCCUGUCCCAAGAUGCCACCGAACGCGAGAUGGAAGCAAUGUACCGCGAAGGCGACCGCCUGCUCGACCUCGACGCCACCGGCGCAACGUCCGACAGGUCCACCCGCCGAAGCCAGGCUGAGCUCCCCCACCAAGCCGCCCGGGACCUCCGCGCCCGCGUGCGUGCUCGCAGGGCAAGGGAGCAGGCGCAGACAUACACCCCCGAAGACAGCGAUCCCGUCAUGACAGCGCCGUCGCCGUCGCCGACGUCUAGCUCCACGGAGCCCGCAGAGCUCGACGCAUUCGGCACGGAGCUUGGCCCAAGCGCUGCUGCACCCGCACCUCCCAGCCGCUCUUCCAUCUUCAGGAACAGUCUCGCUCCGGAGCACUACAAUCCAGCACCAGUCCAGAGCCUCAAAUACAACUCGUCGAUUCCCACCACUGCCGGCCGUGGUGGCGUCUUCGGGGAAGCUCUCUACAACCCAGCACCAGCCCGGAGCAACCCCACAGACAGCGUCUCCAUCCCGAAGGCCGCCGCCCCUGCUCCCGGCCGGGUUGGCAACCUCUUUGGGGAAUCGACUCGUAGGCCUCAUGGCGGAGGUGGUCUCUUUGGUACCAGUCUGGCGCCGUCCCAGCAAGUUCCGUCCAGCAUGUUCGGCUCAGAGGUGCCGUACAACACCAGCACGGCAAACUCAUCUCCCAAGUCUACAGAGGAGAAAGAUGACCUGUAA